AUGACAUGGCCAACAUUCCACACUGAGGAGCCCAUUAAAGAAUUGGUGGUCAAAGAUGCAGAUAUGAAGUUGGCAACUUUGGCUUUUGGCUGGACACUUGGGUUCAGUUAUUUCGUUACUUGGCACGCCAUCAGACAAACAAAGCGUCUGAAUGCAUUCACUGUUAUGGUCUGGGGGGAGAUUCUUGUUUGUGCAAUCUUCGCUAUAAUUUGUUGGCUCUAUCUUUGCGGUGUAAUCAAGUACUCGUUCUGGUUUUAUUUUACGAUUUUAACCACAUGGGCACUUCAGGUGCAAUUUCUACUUCAAAUCAUUGUGAAUAGGAUCUGCAUUCUUCUUUCAACACCCGAACAAAGGUUUUGGCUCAAGUUUACAAUCGCAGUUUGGAUCACAGCCAUCAACAUAAGCGUCUACUGCAUUUGGGUUCCCGCCAAGCUUCAGAUUUCCCAACGGUAUCAUGAUAUUAAUGUAUGGUGGGACCGCACCGAAAAAUGCCUAUAUUUGGUUACCGAUGCCAUCCUCAACUACAUGUUUAUUCGAUCGAUCAAACAGAGGCUUCUGAAAGUCGGGCUCAAGAAGUACGACAAGCUCGUAAAGUUCAAUGAAAAAAUCAUUGCUGUGUCACUUGCAAUGGAUGUUUUGAUCAUUACAAUGAUGAGCCACCCAAACGACUUCGUAUACAUGCAAUUCCACCCUGUCGCUUAUAUGGUCAAGCUGGAGAUCGAAAUGUGCAUGUCGAAGUUGAUGAUCAAGGUCGCAACCGGCACUGGUAUCAUGGUCUAUGAGGGCGAAGCUCUGGAUCCUUCAACUUCUAAAUCCAGCAAAGAACGUGGAGAACAAAAUACCAACCAGUUUGUACGAACGGGGCAGUCGGUUAACAUCCAGGUCGCCACACAUACGGUCACACAUACCGAUCAAUCUGAAAAUGGCCGAGUGAACAACGACGUUGAGCCAGGUGUAGAUCGUCAGGCACAUCGUAUGUCGGUAACUCGGGCGCCUGCUGUAAACCGACAUCCAACUAUCAAUUGGACGGAUCGUAAUCGCUCUGAACCCAUUGAAUUAGAAGUAUAUAGUCCCGAUUCAAAGAACCGGGAUUACGAUUCGGACGACCGAAGCAACACCUCCAAACGCCCUCGUUCUUGGAUAGAGGAGCCUUCUUAUACGCCGAGCUCUGGUAAACAAUUAUCUGGAUCGACAAUCACCAUCAAAGAUCCGGAUGUUGAUAUCGAGCGAGGAGAUACUGGCUCGGACGAGGAUGAUAUAGAGCCAACUGGGGGUGUCACUAUGACUUAUUUGGGUGCUUUCCCAAAUCUUAAUAAGACCUGA